UAAAAAUGGUUGGAAUUAUGGACGACACCUGCAUACGUUAUCCUCUGGGAACAAGGAUAAAAAUUGGUGAUAAUUGUGGAACUGUAUGCUAUGUGGGCGAGGUUUUGGGCUAUCAAGGUACCUGGUUGGGCAUUGAAUGGGAUGAUCCAAAACGUGGAAAACACAAUGGCACCAUUGAUGGUAAACAUUAUUUCUAUACACAACAUCCAACAGCUGGCAGUUUCAUACGCCCAGGCAAGGUGGGGCCAUUCGAGUCGCUGGAGGAGGCAGCUCGUGAACGUUAUUUGGGUUAUUCGGAAAAUGCUUUGGAUCAGCAAUUGUUGCGUGAGGCCCAAGAAUCUUUACAGGCUUCAUUUUUUGAGGUAGUCGGCAUGGAUAAGUUGGCACGUAAACAGAGUAAAUUUGAACAGCUUACCGAUGUUAGUGUGGAUAAUUGUGCUGUAAAUUCGGCUGGUUAUUUGAAGGAGUUUACCAUGUUGACCACACUGAAUUUGAGUCAUACUUUGAUAUGGAACUGGGAAAUUGUGGCAGAUAUAUGUCGUCAAAUUCCAUCAUUGAGAAAUCUAAAUUUGAGUUGCAAUCGCUUGGUGGUCCCCUCAGAUUUGGACAUAUCAAAUUUGGCAACGGCUUUUGACAAUCUACGUUUUAUAAAUUUACGUGAAUGUGGUUUUAACAAUUGGUCCGAUGUUAUGCAGACAGCCUUGCUUUGGCCCUAUAUUGAAUCAUUAAGUCUACAAGGAAAUCCAAUCAGUGAACUAUCAGUUGUGGAUACAACAAAAAUAUUUAAAAAUUUAAAAGAACUUGAUUUACAUCGCACCAAACUAUGUGAUUUCGAUCAAGUCUGCAAAUUAAGCAAUAUUAAAACAUUGGAAUUUUUAAAUCUCAUGGAAAAUGGCAUCGAGGUUAUUAAGCUGCCCGAUUGUGAAAGUGAUGCAAAAUUAUUGGAUAUAUUUCCGUCGUUGGAACAUUUGAAUAUCUUCCACAAUCCAAUAUGGAAUGAGACAGAUGCGUUUAAUGAAUUGGAUAAGUUACCCAAAUUGAAAAGGCUUAACAAGACACCACAUUUGAAAUCGGAUUUCAAUGAAAUGUUUGUAAAUGCCGUGGCAAUGAUCUCAAAUUUACAAGUUUUGAAUAAGGCACAAAUCUCUCCGGAAGAGAGGCGUGGUGCAGAAUAUGAUAUUUGGAAGAAAUAUGCACCCGAAUGGUUACAGGCUUCCAUGAAACCGGAAACAUUAAAGGAGUUCUAUAAGAAACAUCGUACAUAUGCCUUGAUGUUGAAAAAAUAUGGUUCCCCAGCCGAAUUUAUACCCCGUUCCAAUGCCAAGGUAUCCAAUCUAAUCAAAAUCCGUGUUUUACACUCAGAGACUGGAGAUGUUUGGGAAAAGAAAUUUCCACGCAUGAUCACGGUACAAACAUUGCUUGGCCUAAUUAUAAAACGUUUUCACAUGGAUAGUGAUACUGCGCCCCAGUUGUGUUAUAUCGAUAACAAACAUCCCGAUUUGGUGGUGCCCAUGGAUAAUUUGUCAAAAACUUUGGAUUUUUAUUCUCUGCAAGAAAAUGAUACAGUUUUGGUGAAAUGGCAAAAUUCUAUGUAG